UAUGAUAAUAUCUAUUUGUUGAAGAAUUCCCGAUAUUCUUGCCGGUCGAACCUACGGACGUCUUUAGCCAGGAGAAGGAUACGAUUGGUGGGCUAGCUCCGUCAAACUGUCGACGAACUAUUGACCAAGAAGAGAUUAGGCAAGGGUCGGUUGUGACUGAACUUGACGACAGUAUUUGUCAAAUGUAGCGAAAGAGUUUUUACCCCAGUCAGUUUGGAUAUCAACACACCCAUAGGUCUGUAUGGGGGACAGGCAGCAGUACACAAUCACCAUGCAAUCCACAGUUGAUGGCCAGAAACUGCCUCGAAGAAAUGUUUGGAUCAAGAAAAUGUAUAGGGUAAGUCAGCUGGCAACAAUAAUAUUGUACUAGUGAGGGCCGAGUGGCUCACGUCAGCCAUAAGCCAUACCAGUGGCUUACAAGAAUCCUCGCGAUGCCUUCACUUCACUUCACUCGAGGUGAUCAACUCUUUCAAUAGUAUUUUGCAAUCAACAGUUUCGUACGAUAUAUUUUUAAAUCAGAAAAAGAUGGGACGAGAACGUCCCGGCACCUCUCAGCGCUCAACGAAUGCCAGUCAAUCUAGUCAAAAGGAGCCUUCAGCCAUCAAGAAGAAGGUCAUCCGCCGUGAUCCCGAGAAGAGGCGCCUACAGAACCGCUUAGCUCAGCAGACAUACAGGGAAAAGCAGCGGAAGCGCAUACAGGAGCUAGAGCGCCGAGCAGCCGAGCAGGGAGCUGCAUUACAGGAAAACAGUGACAGGUCCCUCAUUCACGGGGAGAAUCCCGCAGGAGGGCUUACUUCAGCACCUGUCAGUGGAACUCCCAUAGACGCUGAAACUAUCAAUCCUUCAUACCCCCAUCCUGAUCCUGGAAACUCGAUAUCACAGUCGACGACGGAUAUAGGGACGUGGAGUGCCAGCCUCAUCUUCGAAGACUUUGACCAAUGGAUUUCUGAAAACCCCAUAUACGAUGAGUACACAGCACCAGUGCUGUUCUUCAACUGUGGUUGUCCUACACUUCACAUUCCCAACCAUUCCAGAGAAGUCCUUCUCCCUGUUAUCCCAGAUCCAUACAAAAACAAUCUCCAGAUCGACAUCAUAUGCAUUAUCAGCGCUAUGCUCGAGAAUUGUCUCUCACUUGGGAUAACAAGAUCGAUGUACUGUUCUGACGAUGCCAUUUCACCCUUCUACAGGGCACACGCGGAUUCGGAUCCUAAUCCUGAAGCUAUCAUCACAUCUGUCCAGCGUGGAUCCCGCACCCUGCAUUUCGAUCUCCGCCCUACACGAAAGCAGGUUGUUGUUAAUCACCAUCCGUUUAUCGAUGUGAUUCCCUUCAAGGAUAUCAGGGACAACAUCAUCGAGAAGAUGAAUGACAUGGAUGAGGAUGAGUUCUUCCAUGAUUCACUUAAUCACUUGACUUGUUGGGGAGGCAUUGCAGGCGCACAUACUGGAACCCCCUGGGACUCAAGAAGUUGGGAGGCAACGGAAGAGUUCAUACUCAAGUGGUCGGACAUUGUAGGGGGUGACGAAGGCGAAUUGGCGAGGAACUCACGGUGGUGGAGAUCACAUCGCGGCGAACGGAUAGUGACUGAAAUAUUCUAACCUCGACGUGAGAUUCCAAAAAGCGUACCAAGGUUUCUGUAGAUGUUGGUUUCGAAUCUACGUUCAAUGUAUUUGACUGUCUAUACAGAUAUGCACAACGUCGUUCAAUAUGCUCAAUGCGCUGAAAUGCACACCACUAUCAUGGCAUAAGGACUGCCAUGAAAAAGAGAACGCCGUGAUCUACCAUAACGCCGUUAACAACAAGAAGGCGAGCAGCCCCCGCCAAAUAAACAUCUACCCAUUUAACCAAACCCCAAGACGCCCCGAGAAAAGGAAGAAGAAAAAAGUCCCAGCAUAUUCGUAUACCAUUCUGCUGUAUAUUGGCGUGCAUUCGCUUAAUGUACCGUGUGUAUCGUAUUCAGGGCCUACAUGACAGCGCACGAGCCCAGGGUGCGUGCCCUCCGACGGCCGGUAGGACCAAAACCACCAUCCUCUUCGUCUAAAUGGAGGGCCUGGGCUUCUCUGGCUCGACGCCUGCGUCUUCGGUAGCCUGCACCUGUCAUGCCUGCUUCUUCUGUGGCUUGCAUGUAGUCUGCCCAUUUCCUCUCCAGGCGACCAGCGGACGCAAGAUCACCACGCAGAACUCGCUUCUGAUGCUCAUCGACGGUCAUCUGAAAGCCAUAGAAGCACUUAAGCCCGAUCAUCUCGGUUGGGUAGCUCACUCGGCCAGGUUGGCCUGAUACAGCCUUGACUUGUGUGUUGCGAAAGAGCACCUCACGGACACCUGUCCAGGUCACGUUUUGACAAUCGUAGACGACCAUUUGGAGGGUCAGUUUCGGUCGUGUUCCCGUUUCGAUAGAUCGUUGAGAGCGUUUCAUGACCAUUGCGGCUGCUUCGGCGAGGACGAGGUCACUGACUCGAGUGUUGUCAAGGUCGACGUUCUGAAGGUUCGUGCAUGUUUGCAUAACCGGAAUCAUCCCAGUGUCGCCCAAGUUUUCGCAGUAGCUAAGAGAGAGAUGCUCUAUCGAAGAUGCACAAGGAGCUUUGGCGAGAUGCUCUGAUAGGAUCGAGUUCGUGAGGUUUUCGAGGUCCUCGAGUUCGAGGUGUGUCAACCGAGGGGUGGAAGCGAGAAUGGACUCGAGAGCGUCGUCAUUCAACAACUUACAGCCUGAGAGUUGCAGACCCUCAAGAUCAGGGACAAGAUGGCCGAUCGCCUUCACGCCUGCAUCUGUUAGUCGGACACAGCGGCUCAGGUCGAGGUGACGAAGCUUGCGGGCUGGCACAAUGGGUCGUUCAGAGAGGAUAUCGAUUUCAGGCUCAACACCAUGCAUCAUAAUCUGGAGGGCUUCGUCGUUGAGUUCGGCGCAUCCGCUCAGAACCAACCUCUCCAAGUUAUUUGUCUUGAAAAUAGCCUCGGCAGUCGCAACAUUGUCGAAUCCUCCAACUUCACCGGCCCGAAGAUCCCUCAAUCUCGGGCAAGCCUCUACGACUGCCUUGAUACCUCGAGCAUCUACCCUGCCGCACCAGGAAAUAUUGAUGGUCUCGAGCUGAGGGCAGGACUCGGCAAUGAUCUUGCAGGAUGUGUUUGAGACCGCAGUCAGCCCUGUGAGAUUGAGGCUAACAAGCUUCUCGUUGUUACGUAGCAAGCUAUGCAGCGUGCUCUUUUGGAAAUUUUGGCAACCUUCCAGGGUUGCGUUCAUGAGGUUCUUGCAUGCCUUUACAAUGACCUCGGUGCGCUUGUAGUGCUCGACCUGCACGCAACCUCGCAGGUUGAGAUUCUUGAUGAAAGGACCAGCCGCAACAAUAAUCCUGGCGAGUGAUUCGGCUGGAAUCUCGCGAUAGAAUUCCGAAGCGUCAAGGGAAGUCCACAGCUGACCAUCAAAGCAGGCCUUGUAAAAGGCCUUGGAUACUCGAGAUGCCUGCACGAGUUCUCUUGGCUGGAAGAAAGAAAAGAUGUGAAUCUGAAGCUCACUGGGCAUCUUGUCCCAGAAACGGAAUGGUUGCUUCUGAAUAGGUUUUACACCAGGUCGGGUUCGAAUCUGUACGUCCUGCUUAGACCGAAACUCUGAUGGGAGAGGGGCGGUCCCAGGAGUGGUAACCGGAGUCGCAUUUUCGACCUUACGAAUGGCCAAAUAACCAUCAGGAGUGUCGAAUGGAAACUCCCCUGAAGAUUGGGGGGUUGAGCUCAAAGCGCUGGGUAGACCAAGAGGCGAGGGCUGUGGGGUCGAUGAACGGGCGCUGUAGGGGGUCUGAGGCGGUCCAGUGGCCGCAAGACUAACACACGAGAGAGUGCUUCGAGUGCUAUAAGGACUCCCACGGCUUCCAACCGAUCUGGAGCGACGCAGACCACUCAAUGAAGGCGUUGAAGAUAUUCGCUGGAUUCGCUGGAUCAGACGGUGUCGGCUCUUGCCCUUGACCGGCAUGUCCGGCGCUGGCGGAGUGGAUACGCCCUCUGGGCCCGGGCUCGGAGCGCCGGACGAUGUUAUCUCGUGGACCUCCAUGACUAGAAAUUCCAAUUGUGUUCGAGGCGUGCUUGUAUGUUCUUUGUACUGUAUAGAGCGCGAAACGUCUAGUAUCACAGCUGCCGUAUGAAAGAGACAGACGGGAUAACGCCUGCUGCUAACAAUUGAAGAUAAUUGUCUGAUUGAAGUCGGUCGAUAGUGGGGGCGGCUUGGAGCCUUGCUCGCUGGUCGCUUACAGCAAAUGCAGGAUCCUUUAUUUCAUCGCUGGCGGAGGAAGGAUGUAUAUCGAUAUGAGCCGGGAGUAAAACUGAUGGACGAAAGGAGGAAUGGUGAAAUAGAAAAGAAGCAAGUGUCAAAAAAAAAGUCGCGAAGAAGGAUGGAAGAAGAAUAUAGAAUAAGCAGGGUCCAGUGUUCUGCUGGGAAACCGAGGGGAUCAGCAGACGAACGGGGGACUCGGGAGAGGGUGGUGGGGGUGGUCAGCGGGGCCGUUUCGUCGUACUGGGCUUUUACUUGAAGCGAGGAAGUUUCCAAUAGAAUCGAGUCUCGUUUUCUAGUUGAAGUUGGAGAACAGGGCACAUGCCCGUGAGGAGAUGAACAUGACCGUGGGUGUGAGGUGAUCACCAGAGAAGAGGGAAAAGGAAAGGAAAGGGUUGAG